AAUUUAUACAAAAAUCGGAAAUGCAUGAAAUCAGGGGGUUCGCCGCAAGGAAGGGAAAGAUUGGAUUGGACUGCCACUGCUCAUCACUGCCACUACCGUUGCUCACUGCCACUACCACUGCCGCUGCUCACCGCUCAAUCAUUUGCUGUUGCUCACUACUCAGGGGCUUACUGGAGUUGCUGCUAUGCAGCUCACUGCUCAAAAGCUUCCCGGAGUUGCUUAUUGUCUAUCACUGCCCAUUGCCUACCGUUGCUCACUGCCUGCCACUGCUCACUACUCAGUCAUUUGCUGUUGCUCACUACUCAGGGGCUUGCUAGAGUUGCUGCUGCUCAUUGCUCAGGGGGCUUGCUGGAGUCGCUGUUGUGUUGCUCACUACUCAACAGCUUCUCGGAGUUGCUUGUUGCCGCUUACUGCUUUACCUUGUUGGAGUUCCUACUGGCGCUUACUGACUCUUUUUCUCCUUCUCCUCAACUGAGGUAUGCUUUCUCGCUUGAUCUUGAAUCUUGAAUCUUUUGCUUUACUCUCUAGACUUUAAUCUUUCUCUCUACUUUUUGAUUUCAUGUAUGUUUGCUUUUUUUUGUAAUUUCUUUGUGUGGCAUUAUUUUGUUAGUUAGGACUUAGGACUUAGGAACUUAGGAUUUAUUGAUUUAGUACUGAGAUUUGGCUUCUUCUUUUUUUUUUUUCAAUGGCUUAUUGAAAUUUUAGAAAUGUCUACUUCUAGAAAAAAAGAUUCAUAGGAAGAAUGCUCCUGGAAAUAUAUAAGAUAUUGGGUG